CUCUUUAUUUGAUUUCUCCUUGGGAAGAUGGAUUCCAGGGGGCUGUCAGAGAUGCAUUUCUGUAAAAAGAUCUUCGCUGCAACCUUGUGUGUCUUAGUUUUGCUGCCAGAUUCGGGCUGUGCAAGGCAUCUCUGGAAGCGUGCUCUACAUCUGAAAAUGACGGAGAAAUAUGAUGAUUAUGAGUACCCUCUUCAUUCUCACAGUUCCCACUACCAGAAGAACGACCGCUGCCCCCCACCACCCCAGACUUUGCCUGACCGAGCCUGCGAGGUGCCCAGCUGCCGGUCGGAUUCAGAGUGUGAAAGGCACAAGCGCUGCUGCUACAACGGGUGCAUCUAUGCCUGUCUGGAGUCUGUACAGCCACCACCAGUUUUAGACUGGUUGGUUCAACCCAAACCCCGCUGGCUGGGAGGAAAUGGGUGGCUUUUGGAUGGUCCAGAGGAAGUCUUACAAGCUGAGGCCUGCAGUACCACUGAGGAUGGAGAUGAGCCUCUGCAUUGCCCCACAGGCUAUGAAUGCCACAUCAUCAACCCAGGCAACACAGCUGAAGGAAUCCCUAACAGGGGCCAGUGCAUCAAGCUGCGUGGAAAUCCAGAUGGACGCAACCUGAGGCACAAGUAUUACAAGGAAUAUUUUGGAAGCAAUUCCAACAAUGUGGUGGGCUACGUGAAAAACCAGCAGAAGCAUUUAGGCUAAUCAAAGGUGUGCCUGGCUGGACCACUCUGUUAAGCAGCUAUCAAGGAAUGCUUUACCCAACAGUUUUCUGCUUUGGAAGAAUUCUGGUCCCAGAUCUGCACGAGCACGUCUCCAGCAUUACCCUGAUCCCUGCCCACCAGUGAUAAAAAGACUUUGUUGUUCAAGAAAAAGGAUGGGUCUAGAUUUUAAGCCUAUCAGCAGGGGGAGAAAUGUGAUUCCCUGAAA